UCUGCGAGCGACGUACAGACGUGGUGGAGAGAGGACGGAAGGAAGGAGCGGGGGACGUGGGGGUUGGUGUCCGUCCUGGGUGGACUUAAGCUGUGCCAACAUACGUCUGGAAGGUCUGCCGGAGAACCCGGGGAAAACCUCAGAUAGUACAACCGGUGAUCUAGGGUUCGAACUCACCAACUCCCAGUUCUUUAGCACGACCUUGGCUACCACGGAUGAGCGGACGCUUUUGCCCACUCGGCUAUGCCGCUGGUGUUUUGUCGCUCGUGAAUUUCGCUGAAUUUCGUUUGUUUCUUGGAAGGCCCUUAAUUCCCGCUUCACACAACGUGUCCAUCGUAUGCCUGAUGUACUUUUGAUGAACUCGCAGCGACUGGACUCUCAGGAGCACACGUAUGAUGCAGCCAAAGUGUCCAUCAUGUGCAUUCAAGAACAUGCGUUCAGGGUGGUGUUCGUGAUACUGGCAAGCAAACCCUGGUGGACAGCGGGCACCGCACUUCAAAGGUCAGACGUGUAUUAUGACGAAGAGGCGUAUUACGUCGAGGAGGACUCAGAAUCGCCUGCAAAUUUCUCCGGUGAUCUAAUAUAUGUCAGCUACGACAAUCAGCCUGCAGCAAAGCGCCGGAUGCGAAGCGAUGUUUCUAAACAAGAAGCCGAUCCUGGGCAACAAGCUGUUAAGGAGUUCAAGAGACUACGGCUCCUGAAGAGCAGGUCCAACAAACAUUCUCACAUAACCGGUUGCAACCACACAGAUAUAAUGAGGACAACAGAGUUCUGCGGCCGCAACUUGGAAAAUGCGAAAGAAGCCAUAAAAUACAUCGACCCGAACAGCAUACCAAGAAGUCACAACCGUGGCUUGCAGGUUGUGUGCAGGCUUGUGAACGAGUACAAAUUUUGCAUGAACGAAAUACUCGCUGAUUGCCGUAACAUCACCCACUACGUGGAUCGGCAAGUCUCCCUCAACAUACGAGCCGAAGGAUUCGAGUACUGCGUAUCGGCCGCCAUAUGCCCUUCGACGAGCAUUUUACUAAUACACUUAGCAUCCUUACUUUCACCACUGCUGCUGGCCAUUUUUUCUGAAUAAAUUGUUUAUAUUUACAGCGUCA